AUAUAUUUCGUCCGGCAUUCUAACCAUUCUGUCAGCUUGCUGACUAAAGUACAAGUUGUUUCCCUUUGUAAGUAACCCCAACAAUGGCGCUGAAAUUAAUUACAGCAUGCAGUGCUUUCCGCUCGUCAACAAGACUAACCUUCAGCUGUUUUUCGAGACCUCUGGCUCGUUUAAGCCAAGACUCCAAUAUCGAUGUACCAAAACCACCAAAGAGACCAAUGAGUGCAUUCUUUGAAUUUGCAUCAAAAAACCGCCCAGCAAUUCUUGAAAAUAACCCUGGAAUUGAUUCACAGCAAGUUAUUCGCAAAGUUUCAGAGAUAUACAAGAACUUGCCAGAUUCAGAAAAACAGGUUCUUAGAGAACAGGCCCAAGUUCGGUUGCAAGCCUACAAGGAACAAUACGCCCAGUUCAGAGCCGAGUUAUCUGCUGAACAACUGACUGCUUUGAAGGAAUCUUUUUCAAAGAAGAAAGAGAAUCGAGCAAAGAGGAAGAAGAAGCUGUCUGAGCGGAAACAUGGCAGGCCACGGAGGCCAAUGAAUUCCUAUGCUAUUUUUGUACAAGCGUCAAAAGUUGAACGUGGAAAUCUUCCAUUUGUUGACUUUUCAAAGCAAUUAGCAAAUACCUGGAAAAAUUUACCAAAAGAAGAAAAAGAGAUAUAUAAUGAAGAAGCUCGGUUGGAACGUGAGAAAUAUGCUAUACAAAUGAUGAACUGGGAAAAACUAAUGCUGGAAGAGGGACGUCUGGAUCUGAUCCGAGGCUACCGGAGACCAAGUAAAAAGGUUAAAAAAGUUACAAAAGCCAAGAAGAAGAAGAAAAUCGUUGUAAAGGCCAAAAAGGUUAAAGUUAGAAAAAGUAAGAGAACGAAAAAAAAAACAAAAUCCACAAAAGCACCAAAAGUUGUAAGCAAAGAGCAGAUUUAAGGUUUACCAAUUAAACCUUUAGCAUUUAAACCAGCCCUAAUAUUUUGCCCGAAUUUUAUGCUCAAACUUGCCGGAUCCGAUCUCUCAUACCAAUCCCAUAUUCUGAAAAUAAGCAAUCACAUCAUUGGUAUCUUGAAGCUACAAGAUAACACACGGGUUAUUCAAGAUGAAUAAAUAAACGUCGCAUUUGGGGCUGAGUAAUUUUUUAUGGGUUUUUUUCUCCUCUUUACUUCCUGUAAAAAUUGUUAUUGACAGACAUUUAUUUUCAACAAUUUUUUAUUAAUUUUUUUUUUUAAUUUUCAGCUGUCAUUGUUUUGUCCAAAGUUAGCCCAUACUCAGCAGAUCUAUAAUCAAGCCAUGAAUAAUCUGCUUUUUGUUUUUAAGACACACUUCAAGCCAUCAAAGAAUAUAUUAUCUAUGAGCUAUUACACUUUUUUUUUAAAGAUGGCAGCAUGUGAUUUAAGGAUUUAAGAGAGAUCUAGCUGCUAUUUCUGGCAUGUUGUGUGACCACAUAGAGACUCCCUCACUAAUUUGAGGACUUCAAAAGAAACUUUUUUCUUUAUGUAGAGCAGACUAUAAUCAAAGAUUUAUCAUCCUUAGCCAAAGUAACCCUUCCAUUUUUGAGAUGGCAGGAUCAGAUUUGAGGGAAAUUUGGCUGCUAUUUCUACUAGGUUGAAUGACAGUAUAGUGACUCUUUCGCUGGUUUCAUGUUUUUCAUGAAUUUUUUUUUUUUUUUUGUGUGAUUUUCUAACAUUUUAUAAUGAAGUUGCUAUCAAAGAGACAGUAUGUGUGUGUGCCUUGUACUUGAAGUCUUUCUCUAACUGCCCAUCUUCAUCCAAAAGAUUUGUCAACACAGUCAGAUGGACUCGAAAGUUAAGAGUUUAGAAAAUGGACCCCAGCAUCUCUUUCAUUGCCUUACCCCUUACCUCAGCUGAUGCUGUCUUAGGUUUCUGUUAUUCUUCAUUCAUUCCAAAUCUAUUUUCUUUCCUGUCAACUUGAAUGAAUGGAUUUUGUUUACCUCUGGAGGUGGAAAUUUCCAGUGUUUAGUAACAUCAAGAUAAGUUAUUGACUUUUUUGAGUACAGUGCAUGCUGUGGUACUCACAUAUCAUAACUAAUUUUUGUGUACUUUACUGUCCCAAAAGAAAAUAAAUAAAAUUUGUAUAAAAAUAUCAAAUACA